AUGUACCAACGGUUCCAACGAGCCGCUCAGUCAGUGUGCAAUAAUCGCUGCGUGUUUGAAACGCAGAGAGGAUAUCUUGGCCUUGGACCCUCCGUAAUGGGGCCUCACGUUCGAGUGAGGUGGGAUGAAAUGGAUGCUGUGUAUCCCGAGGCGUAUACGGAUGAGUCGAAUAUCUACGAGGUUUGGGUCCCCCUUGGGGCGAAGACACCGUUUGUUCUAAAGCCUCGUGGCUCUUCGUAUAUUAUGGUGGGGGAAUGCUAUGUUCAAGGCGUUAUGGGUAGCGAAGUGCUGAGCAACGGAAUGUGCGAAGCUCAAGAGAUUGGGUUAUGUUGA